AUUGUUGAAAAGUUUCUUCAGAAGGGGUAGGUGAAAGGAGAAAGGGAAGGAGAAAGGAAUGUAAGUGAAUGAGGAAGUUAAAGAACGGAAAAGAGAUACGAAGUUUCAGAGAGGGAGAAGUGGAAGACAGCAGCGAGAGGGACGAAGGGAGAGGAAAAGGGGAGGCGAACGGGGUGAGAGGCAAGAGGGAUCGAAGGUUGAAGAGAGAGAAGGAAAAAGACGGAAAAAUAAAGGGAGAAAAAUAAAGAGAGAACGACAGGACAGUGAGCUACAGAGGGUAAGGAAGGAGAGGGAGGCGGGAAUUAGAGGGAGCGAAAGGGGUAGGAUAGGGAAAAGGAGACUGACUGAGGGACGAAAAGGAAAUCGAGGGUUGGAGAGUAGGAGUCAGACAGCGGACUGAGAGACUGAAUGGGAAAGUGAACAAGUACGAGAGCGACGGGGAGGAGGUAAAUAGAGAAGGAGACGGUUAGUGGAAGGGAGGGGAGAGAGAGCGACAGGUAGAGAGUUGUUGAGAGACGGAAGGGAAGAACGCAACAGGUAGAGGGUUUGUGAGAGGAGGGGGAAGAAGGAGGGGGUGAAAAGGGAGUGAGGCAGAGGACGGUGAGGGAGUUUAGGUGAAGUGAGUGACGGGGUACGGGUGACCGGGUAACGGGGAGAGGGCGAGUGAGGAAGAAGGGGAGAGGGAAGUACUCCUGCUGAGCAGGGGAGGGGGGGCGAGAUCCGUGGUGCGGGGCAGGACGGAGAGAGGAGUUCCGCGGUGCGGGGGAGGGAAGGAGGAGAUCCGUGGUGCGAGCACGGACCAGGCGGAGUAUUUGGGAAUACAGGGAGCAGUGACCCCGAGAGCGGUGGCACCAGAUGUGCCGGCAGUGAGCGCAGUCCCGAACUCGCAUUGGCCAUGGAGGAGAGGCUGCGGGCGUUCCUCCAGCACCUGAACGCUUUGGAGCAGGCGGAUGGCACGGAGAACUGCUUCGCGCAGGAGUUCCAGAGCCUGAAGAGGUCAGUACUGACUGGCGAGGGUGCCGAGCUCAGCACCAAGGCAGGCAAGCUAAGGGAGAAUGCCAAGAAGAACCGUUACAAGGACAUCUUGCCAUACGAUCAGACACGGGUGCCCCUGACACUGCUGACAGAGGAGGGAUACUCCGACUACAUCAACGCCAACUUCAUUAGGGGGGCGGACGGUCAGACGACCUACAUCGCCACACAGGGACCCCUUGGAACCACCGUCAUUGACCUAUGGAGGAUGAUAUGGGAGUUCCACGUCACCAUCAUUGUCAUGGCGUGCAGGGAAGUGGAAAUGGGCAAGAGAAAAUGUGAACGUUACUGGGCAACGGAUCAGGAACCCGUGACCUUUGGUCCUUUCAUCAUCACUAAUGUGGGAGAGGAGCCUCUGGGCAAUGAGAUGAACGUCCGUACCCUGUCUGUCAGCCUGCUUGGGGAGACCAGGACGGUGGUGCAAUUCCAGUACCUGGCCUGGCCCGACCAUGGCAUUCCAGAUGACGUGCACGGGCUCCUGCAGAUGAUUGAGCUGAUUCACCAGCAGAGGGACGAGGCACCGGGUCCCAUCUGCGUGCACUGCAGUGCAGGCUGUGGGCGGACGGGAGUGAUCUGCACCGUGGAUUACGUCCGCGACCUGUUGCUCAACCAGCUGGUCAGCGAGGAGUUCACUAUUCUGGACAUUGUACGCGAGAUGAGACGACAGAGACCAGCGGCAGUGCAGACUAAGGAUCAGUACCACUUUGUCUAUCGCAUUGUCGCCGAGAUGUUCCGCAAGGAGCUGGAAGCCCGGACACCCCGUUACCAGAACUGGAAGGCCGCCGAGCAGACACAACCGGAAGGGAAGCAGCCGGCAGCUUCGAAACCAGCGCUCCUGCCCAAGCCUCAGAGCCAGCCGAGAGGCCGCUCUUCCCAGCCAGCAGCAGCUGCCAUGUCGGGACAGGGCACUGACACCUAUGCCGUGGUGUCCCGCCUCAGGCCCGUGUCAGGCGCUCCCUCCACCCACUCACCCUCGGCCGGGGGGAUUCCUGAGUACGUCAAUGUAUCGGAGGGGCCGGUUCCCGCCCCGCGCUGCCUCUAUAGCAACGUGGCGAGCGACGACUUGAGGGUGCAGACACCGGCUUCGCCCGUCUACGCCCAAAGGCGCUCGGGGGGCGUCCCGGCAGAGGAGGGGGGCACCAGAACCAACUACACCACAGUCCGCUUCAGCACUGAGCCUACCAGCUGCCCAGACGGAUCGGGCGAGGACCGGGCCCCCUCCCUCCCCAACAGGACGGCCGACUCGUUCGUGGUGGAAGAUCAGGACCUGUCCCGGGCCUCUUCGUUCUCCAGCACAGACGGGAUAAAUUCCGGGAAGUUACACAACGCCCUCAGAAUGGCCUUCACGGGAUCUCUGAAGAAAGGUGAACUGAGAGCUUCCGAGCCCCAGGCCGACACCAACGAUGGAUACGAAGACAUCAGUGACAUCAAAAGGACGCCGAGACUGGAUUUCAAUUUCCGAGUGUCGAAGCCAAAGGGACCACGGGACCCGCCCUUGGAGUGGGCUCAGUACGGCCGAUGAUGGGGGAGGGUGGCCCGGGCCAAUCUUGGCGUCUGCCUCUCCCCAUCAGGGGUGGGGGGGAGGGGUGGUGCUCA